UUAAAGGACUGGCGACCCCGUGGAUUUUUCCACGUGUUAACGACUAGUCUAUAAAAUAAUACGCUAAGUGUGUCUGUCCGUCUGUCUGUGACAGGCAAAGUGGAUGUGUUCAUUCUGCUUUGAUGUUGCCGAAAAUGUGAUGUCUCAAAUGUUAAAUUUUCUUGCGUUACGGCGCGACGUCAAUAACACUACUUUAACGUCAUUAUCCCAUAUUAAACUAAUGAGGCGAUUACAGUGCACCUAAAACUUUGAGGCCAAAUAACUUGGAAACAAGGUAGUAACGUCAAUGAUUUUUCACCACGUGGGUAACUAUGGAACACCUAGGACCAAUUUGGGUAAUUUUCACAGACCUGGGUCCCCAAAUCCGUUUCGGAAUGGACGGGUUGAUGACGUCACCAAAAAACCUUCAAACCCCACUAUCUCUGCAACGGUUUGUCAAAAGUACAUGAUCCUAUACAUUUUCUUGAUCAGCGUUUCAAGAUCUAUACGAGGAAGGCAACAGAGGUAUAUAAUUUUCUUAAAAUUUUUUGUGUUUUCACGGACCUUGCUGACGUCAGCACAAUUUUUAUACCCUCCUUAGGCGUUCCUCGAAAACAUAUUAUCUUAUACAUUAUUUUGAUCAGCGUUUGAAUCUCUACACAUUACAAUCAAAGAAUAAAAUGAAUUUCGUCAAUUUUUUAGGGAUCUGCACUGCUGACGUCAGCAAAAUAUCUAAAACAACCUAUUUUUCCAUUGUCCAUCUGCCUAAGUGGAUUUCUUCACGGGCCUCAUCGACUAGUUGUAUAUAAUAACCGACGGUAAAUAAAUUAAAUCAAUCAAUCAAUCAAUCAGUUUGUGUAAUAGCUAAAUGACAUACCUGAAUGACAUUAGGGUACUUUCACAAAUGAAAAUGUCGCGUUCAGUUUGUAACAAAUGGAAUGUUCAUUUUUGCUCUGCAGGCAGCAUUUGUCAAACCCAUGUUAAAACAAACAAACAACAAAAACUUAAAAAAAGUGUUAAUAUAUUUAUUUGAAUUAUUAUUAACAGCCUGUGUUGAUUUGAAUUUAUCAAAGAACGUCACAGAAGGGGAUAUUUGCUCAACCAAACAUGUUAAUGAAUUACUUUUUUAAACUUCGACUUUAUUUACACAGCCACGUGCCACACAAGAUUCGUACAUGAAAUAACGUAACAUGCAACGAUGACACUUGGUCACACUCUCUACUUUUUAUCGUUAUGUAAAUAAACAAUGUUUUGGUUAGUUGGUGGGUGUGAUCACGUAAACCCUACAAAACAUAUUGCAUUCAUUCACUGAACGAAUCUGAACCACUAAUUUUCUUUCGGGACGUCUUUUUGCUUCUCUUGCCGGAGAACAGGAUUCAACAUUUCAAAUCAUAACGGAUGUAAAGAAAGUUUCAGCGGAAAAAGAUAUUGACUUGAGCGCUAACAUAAACAUUGUGUAACCACAAGUCUUCGCAAAGGUCUUUUUGUGGCUUGGUUAGAUCCGUUUGAACAUGAAUGUGUAACAUGAAAACAAAUCACCGAGUUACAAUAUUACAAAGACGAAAAUUCGUCUCUACAAUUUGAGGCUGAUUGAAAGUACUUGAAAAUAGCCGAGAGAUACAACGGAAAUCUACGUUUAAAUAAACAGUGGUUUUGUUUACAUAAAAAGCUUUUUAAAGAUCAAGAGAUGUAUACGCCAUCAAGAUUUGAAUAUGUUCGUUUUGUUCCUAUAACAAGUGCUGAGAAAAUGGCGAAGAAAGAAAACUAUCGACACGAGAAAAAAUUGGAAAACGAAUUGAAAUAUCUCGAGAACGAAGAAAGGUACACGAAAAGCGUGCUACAGAAAAGCAAUGUUUCGAUUAAAACAGCCAUAGAUAAGUUCUACUUUGACGCACAGAAAUGUUUGACGUAUAAAAAAUCCGACAUGGAUGGAGAAUACUAUGUUCAACUAAAUCGAGCGAAAACGAAGUCGUUAGAUAGGACUGAUAAACGUUAUCUUCGCCCAACCAUGAUGAGUAACUCGAGCGAUAAUCGUCUGUUCCACAUGGAUCGAAUCACUGCUGCCAACUUGCGUCAGAACAGUCAUCGUCGAUUGACACGCUCCAGUAGUGACUCUGUCACACAACUUAUUCCCAGUAAAUUGGAUUACACAACGAAGGGGAAAAGUUUUGAACAAGACCAAGGUAGAAAUGUUCGAUGCACACCACUAUCCAAAUCCAGCUCUGAAGUAUCUAUACCUGAACUCUGUACCGAAGCACUGCCUAGGGGAGUUUCAAGAGAAGACACAUUUCCUUUAAAAGAAACUUCUUCUCUACAGAAACUUCCAAGAGUUUCAACUCCAUUUGUUUCGCCAGAUAAAAAUGUUAAAAUACCGUUGACAAGAUCUUCCAGAAUUAUAUCCAGAAAUCAAGCCCGUGGGUUGUCACAAAGUAAAUCAGACGAGCAGCCCGAUAGUGUAAACAUUCACCAAACAAUUGCAAGGUCAGCAUCUUUACCAGUUAAGACGACAUGUUUUUUAGAAUCAGAAGAAGACUUGCUAAAGACAGAAAACGCACCUUUUAAGUUACCUCUCAGAUACCACCAAAAUGCUACCACAUUAUACGAAUGGCCAAACUUUAAAAAAAAAUCUGAUAUAGCUAUACAAGAAGAAGGCAUAGAAAAUGUUAUGAGAGUGCGUCCGCGGAAUUGUUAUAGUGAAACAGAACUUUUAGGAAAGAAAUAUGGUCUCGAAGAGAGACAUUCUAGUAGAAUUUUACGACAAACAAAAUCAAGCAAUAUAUGAAAAAUGUUGUUAGAGGAUAUAACAGGUGCUUAAAUAUGCUUUGUUUGUUAUGGUUGGUUUUACUUUCUUGCUAGACAAAGAUUAUAUGUAUACACGUUUUUUUUUUUGUAAGCAACUUGAUUUUCAUUUGAGUUUCUAAAAAAUACGCCUUUAAAAGAUAGAAAAAUGUUACUUAGCAGAAAGCAGAACUAUUUUGAAGAUAAAUAAAAUUCCUGCAAACAUUUCAGUACCAAUGUGUCAAAUUGUUGCCUAACGUCCACACCAAAAAGACCCUCUUACGAAAUACGAAAAGUAGCUAAAAGGAUCAAGGAAGUGAAUCCACUAAUUAAAUGUAUGAAAAAAUUAUUUCAAUCAUAAAUUUUCACUUGUACGAAGUAUUACUUAUACUAAUACCACUAAAGAUGCUGCAAUUUUUAGCACAGUCACUUAUAAACUGGUUGCUUAUAAAAAAGACACGAAUUUGUGUACAUAUGUCUUACUGUAUCUGUUUGUAUAAAUUAUCCAUAAACUUCUUCUAAGAAAUCCAGGUUUUGUAAAUAUACAUCUAUCUAGGUGUAACAUACUUAGUUGUGACAUAAAAGUUGUAUAAAAAUUACAAUUUUUUACUCCAGGUAUCCAUUUUUUGGCUAAAAAUAUUUUAAAGUAUGCCAGUGGAUUCUAGGACGUUUUACUUGUUUUUAUAACAAGAACGAUGUAAAAAGGACUUUCAAUGAUUAUUUUUAAAUAUUUAUGAGCAAUUGGUUCUUUGCCAUAGAUCGACGCCAAAGUAUUUUUACAAAAAAAAGAAUAUAAUAGCCAAAAUAUUGAUAGUAGUAACGACAUUUAUUUUCUUUCCAAAAAGAACUGCUCACAAUGCUGGAAAAUCAUUUUUGUUUUCUUUCAUAAAAGUAUAUCUAAAAACCUUUUCGAGAGUUUGGCAAUGUCACCGUCCCUUUAAUGUGAUUAAACAAAGGAUUUAACAGCGUGGAACGCCUUCGACAGAUCUGUAAGAGGAUUAGUCACUGAAAAUAUUCUAGUUACAACAAACAGUUGAAAUAUUUGUGAAACUUGUUUACAGAAAAAAACGUUUUUGCUAAAAAGGUUGUAUGUUAGCCCAAUAUAUAUAUAUUUUUAAAUGUUAGCACAUUCGAUAUUUGCUAGUAAAUUUCGCACAUACGAACAAAGCCAGUAACAGAUAUUGAAGUUGUUUUGAUUUUUGGAGAGGGUUUAUAAUUUACGAUUGCAUGUGGCCUCACAAUUAUUGACUCGCCUAAGGUAAAUUUUAAGAUUUAAACCCUUUAGAUUGAGUAUUAACAAUGAUUGAAAAUUUUAGAGAGAGAGGGGCAUGACCCUCUUGUCCCAUAGGUCACUGCGGUCCUGACGAAGCAUGUUAAACACGAUAGUUGUUGUUUACUUCACUACUAAAAUGAUAGUCGGUCUAUGAUUCGUGGUGGGUCGCAAAGUAAACACGAGCAUAAAAAAAAUAUUUGCGGUUUCAGAAAACUUACUAUGUACUUGUUUCAAUGGCGCGAAGAAGAAAAAAGUGUGGCGUAUUUCUGUUUCAGCGUUUAUUAUCAACUUUUUCUUGUUAAAGUAGCUUAAUAUCAAUAGAAGAUUGGUAUUAACAUCCGUCUUAAAGCUCGGCACGAGGUUGCUUGAUAUGUAAAUAUAACAUUCCCUUAUUUGGUCAUUUGUGACUCGACCUGGUUAUUUCAUCUUUUACUUCAUCGCUGACAUGUACACUAAACAAACAAGUUUAAAAAGAAAAAAAGAGUUCAUUAUUAUUAAAAUGCUUUAUGAACGCGGACUAUAAUUUCGUUAGCUGUCUAAUUAUGCUAAUUUUAUGCAAUUUUUGGUUUUGAAAAAAGUGUGUCCAGCGGAGACUCGAUUAUUGCUUGCUAACAGAAGAACAAGAAUGAACAAAAUAUCAAUGCAGGAAUAUGUACAACUGGCGAAUUUACCCUUUGUUUUCUCUUUUGUAGAUUGAAGAGGUCACGGCCAGCAUUUUCCAGAGACUAUGACACCAACCAAAUUUUAUUGUGUA